AUAGUUUAACUUAACCAACAAUUUGAUAUCGUUUUCACUGAUGACUGAUUCCUAAAAAUAUUUCUUCUUCAGAUGUCUUCUCCAAUUUCAAACCCUCGUUCACCAUCUACUUUUUCUCCUGUCUCUGUUGUAGAAAGUCCUAUUACUGCUCAAAAAGGACAGCUAAGAGGAACUCCUAGAACAGUUCGGGAUGCAGUUGCAGAACUGUUUAAUAAUAUUCAGGAAUGGAACAGGUUACAUAUCUCAGGAAUGUCAAUUAUUCAAGAAAUCACUAGUAAAAAGUUAGAGUCAAUAAAUAAAAAAGAAUCUGGUCCCAACAUGUUUCCUGAAGGAUUGCAAGUUGAUUGCAACAAAUUGGAUUCAAUUUGUGCUCAGUUGGAGUCUGUGGUUAAAAAAAUGGAAAAGAUUCUAAAUAAUUUCAAGGCUAUAGAACAGCUGGAAGAGAUGAAUAAGACUGGAAGAAGAUCUAUCUUUACUACCUGGAAUGCAGAAAAAUAUGUUUCUGCCGUAAAAGCCAUCUUUGAAGCUUAUGACACUGAAGUCAAGGUGAAAUGCCAUAUAAAAGAAAAUAUUGCCCAUGUUGAUGGCAAAGAUAAGAUGAUGCUGCACUGUGCGCUUUGGGCACAUCAACCCUAUGUGGAUAAUGUGCUUGAUUUUUACUUAGAAUCUAUGUUGAAAGAAACUGGUCAUAGAUGAUCUAUGUUAAUUU